AUGAGUAUACCAUGGCAAAUUCCAUAUCAGGAUGAUGACCCACCUCUAGUUUCAACACCGAGUGGAAAAAUAAUGGAAUUACGGUGUGUCAUUGCCAUUAUUAGGCAUGGUGAUCGGACUCCGAAACAGAAAAUGAAGAUUCUUGUAACUGAUCAGCGAUUCUUCGAUUUAUUCAAGAAGUAUAAUGGAUUCAAUAAAAAUGAAAUCAAGAUGAAACGUCCGAACCAACUUAUGGAAGUUCUAGAACUUGCUCGCGAAAUUCUUCAUGAGCAGCAAGUGCGUCGUAAUGAAUCAUUAAAAGAAAUGAAAUCUUAUGAAGAUAGUGACGACAGUUCCUCCAAACUUGAAAGAGAUUUGGAACAGUGUGAAGAGGCAAUCAAGAAAUGGGAUCAAGUGCGUACUGUUCUUGAGAUGUAUGGUCAUUUUUCGGGUAUCAAUAGAAAAGUGCAGUUGAAGUAUUUGAAACCACGUGAAGUGAAAAGCUCUGAUGAUGAAGAAGUGCAUCAGCAGUCAGCACUUAUGCUUAUUCUGAAAUGGGGCGGAGAAUUGACCACUGCAGGGAAUUUACAAGCGGAAGCGCUUGGAAAGCUAUUCAGAACAUUGUAUCCUGGAAUUCGGAGAACUGAUGGUAAAAGCUGUCCAGAGGAUACGCAAGGUUUGGGAUUUCUUCGUCUUCAUAGUACAUACAGGCAUGAUUUGAAAAUUUAUGCAUCUGAUGAGGGACGUGUUCAAAUGACUGCAGCUGCUUUUGCUAAAGGUCUUUUGGCAUUGGAGGGUGAACUUACACCAAUUUUAAUGCAAAUGGUUAAAUCAGCAAAUACUAAUGGACUUUUGGACGAUGAUGUUGACGCACGAGAUUUUCAACAGGAACUGAAAUGCUAUCUUCAUUCAGCACUACAAGUAGAUCGUGACUGGACUGCAGAAGAUCACGAAAAUUUAAAUCCGUCAGGUAUUCGUUCCUUAACAAAUGCUAUGGAAUUUAUCAAAAAUCCUCGGAAAAUGUGCGAAGAAAUUGCAAGUUAUGUGCAGCAGAUGGUAGAAAUAAUUCAAUGGAAUAAAUGCAACAAAUCAAAUCGGUCCCUGUAUUUGAAUGAAUCAUGGGACUUAGCAGAACGACGUUGGGCUAAAGAAUUGCAUGAAUUCCGUCGAGUUAACAAAAGUGGUGAUGUGGAAUUCGACAUUUCCAAAAUUCCGGAUAUUUAUGAUAAUAUUAAAUAUGACAUGGAGCAUAAUCCGGAAUUAUGUAUUAAUAAUGAAGGCCAAUUUGAAAGAAUGUACUUGUGUGCAAAAAAUAUGGCGGAUAUCGUCGUUCCGCAGGAGUAUGGAAUUAGUGAAAAUAGUAAAGUAAUCAUCGGGCAACACGUUUGCACUCCACUAUUGAAAAAAAUAAGAAGUGAUCUUUAUCAUUGCAUCGGAAAUCCAAAUGAAGAUGACACACAAACUCGUCUGGAUCCAAGAGCAUCCCAAGGAAUAGCGACACCCCUUCGACAUGUUCGCACUCGUCUUUAUUUUACGAGCGAAUCACAUAUACAUACCAUAAUGAAUUUAAUAAAAUAUGGUGGUCUAUGCAAGGUAGAUGAUAAGAAGUGGCAACGCGCUAUGCACUUCCUGUCAUCAGUUACUGAAUAUAAUUAUAUGACACAAGUGGUUUUGAUGAUAUAUGAAGACAGUCGAACAACAAGUACGAAGCAAGGCACUGAUCGCUUUCAUAUCGAACUAUUGUUUUCACCGGGCCUUUACCCUUGCUUUUUAACUGAAAAGGAACGUAUAUAUGAAACGCGCUUUCCAAACUCAAAUAGUAAGCAGUCAUCAGGACCAACGGGGACAAAAGCGAAGCUUUCCACUCGAAAUUGUGCGACCUCAACUAUUUCAUUAUCAUCGAUUGGGAUUGCUGGCGGUAAAAAGAGCAUAACUGAUUCCGGAAAUCCGGCAUUUCCGGGAACUCUAACCAACAUUGGUACGGGCGGAAGCCAUUCAUCUAGUUCAUCUGGCAGCCUCAAUAACCUUACUGUUGGCAAGACCUCAGCGCAAGCUUUAGUGCUUACCAAAAAACGUCUAGAACUAAACGAUUCAGAAGAUGAUUUAAAUGAUGAAAGUGUCAAUUUGGUUGCACUCGAUGAAGUUGCUUGCGGUCAAUACACAACGGAUGAAUUAGCUCGACACAGUCCUGGGAGUUUACAUCGUGGUAGGCAGCGUGUUACAGCAAACAAUGAAACUGGAGCAGAUUCCCGAAGUUUCGCAGGAAGCUGCUCGUCAAUAAGCGACCUGGAUACGGAGACAUCGGCGCAUGGUACUGCUUCAAAAGAAAACCAUCUUAUUGGUUUAAUGAAAUCAAUGAGCGACAUAUCCUGCACAAAAUCAACGGUGGAUGUCAACUGGGAUUUUGUGAAUCCGGAUGAUCUCGAAUCUGCGACUUCUGAAGUGAACGUUGAUCCAAGGAAUGGACGCAACUCUCCUGCACGUCGAUCGAGAUUUCCUUACUGCUUCAAGCAUCACACAGUCAGUUUUUUAACAGAGCUGGAUAACCGUCUAAUUAGUACAGAUGUACUUUUUGGUAAAUCAGAUGAUUCAGCGCGACAAAGAUUAUCCAACAGUCCAGCGGUUCUGUCUACUGCAGUGAUCGCACGAUCAUCAAGUGCUCCGCGGUUACAAACUUACAAAGCAGAAGAUGAGAUAUCUGUGGGAGAAAUUCGCCGUUUUUGGCCUCCACUUCGUUCAUUGGAAACGUUACACGACAAUAUUCGUUUUAGUCAGUUGGAUAGAUUCCUUGAGCGAUUGAUGAAAAUUCGAACACCGAUUCCUUCUCCACCAAAAACACCAAUCUGUUCGAAUCGAAAGAUAUCGACAAUUGCAACCGAGCUGUCCGAUACGGCAAGAAAAUUAGAACGAAUAAGUCACUGA